UCUCUCAAACUUCUCUCAAAACCCUGAAAACUCUCAAGAUUCGCGCGACCAUGGAUUGGGUCCGAGGCAGAGAGAUUGGCCACGGAGGCUUCGCCACCGUCCACCUCGCGGCACCAGCCAAAACCUGCUCCUCCGACCACCCUCCGUUGAUGGCCGUCAAGUCCUGCGACUCGGCCCUGUCUUCCUCCCUCAGGCACGAGAGACAGGUCCUGCGCGAGCUCGGCGAGUGCCCGGGAAUCGUCCGCUGCUUCGGCGACUCGCUCACCGCCGAGCGCGGCGGCGAGGAGCUCUACAACGUCCUACUGGAGUACGCCGCCGGCGGCACCCUCGCCGACAGCAUGAAGUCCAGAGGGAUGCCUCUCUCGGAGCCCGAGAUCAGACGCCACACGAGGUCCAUCCUGGAGGGCCUGGAUUUCAUCCACUCCAAAGGGUUCGUCCAUUGCGACGUCAAGCUCCAGAACAUCCUGGUAUUCCCCUGCGGUGGCGGCGACGAAGUCAAGAUCGCCGACUUCGGCCUCGCGAAAAGAGAGGGCGAGCAGUCGGCGAAGGGCGGGAAACAGGGCGGGUUCGAGUUGCGGGGGACGCCGAUGUACAUGGCGCCCGAGUCGGUGAACGACAACGAGUACGAGCCGCCCUCGGACGUAUGGGCGCUCGGGUGCGCGGUGGUGGAGAUGGCAACGGGGAGGCCGGCAUGGGGGUCGCGGGCCAAGUCGAACGCGUACGCCCUUAUGAUCAGAAUCGGGGCCGGAGACGAAAUCCCGGAGAUUCCCGAGGGAUUGUCGGAGCAGGGGAAGGACUUCUUGAUGAAGUGCUUCGCAAAGAACCCCAAGAUGAGGUGGACCGCCCGUAUGCUCUUGGAGCACCCCUUCCUUGCCCUCGAUUGCGUCCAGGACAACGAGGUUGUAAGAGAUUGCAGAGUCGAAUUCGCAGAUCCCUCUCCCAGGUGCCACUUCGAUUUCCAAGACUCGGUUUCGACGCAAUGUUCAAGAACGACUUGGGAAUCCGGCUCGCUUUCUCCCUCCUCGGAGAUGGAUUCUGAUCCGUCAUUCGCUACAGAGCACGCUGCGCUGGAGAUCUCGCCGGAUUCUUCAUCGGUGACUGAUCGGAUUCGCGAGUUGGCGAGCCAGGAGAGGCCUAAUUGGGAACAUUCCGAGGGUUGGGUGACCGUGAGAUGAUGGGAUUCGUCCCAGUUCCGAAAGCUGAGUCAGCCCAAGCUAAGAACAGAGCAGAGUCUUGGAUGAUUUCUUUUUGUUCAAUCCGAGGGUUCUGAUUCAAUCGAAUCUUUUUUCUUUUUCCUUUUCGGCGAAUGUGAUUAUCGAUUCGGUCAUUACAGAAGAGAGAUGUACAGAUAGACAAGAUACUUUCUCUU